AAGAUGACGAACAUGAGACCGCCGAGUAAAAACAUUCUGCUUAAAGUAGUCAUUCUAGGCGACGGGAAUGUUGGCAAAAGCUGCCUAAUGAAUCGCUUCGUCUCGAACUACUUCGAUGCAAACAGCUUUCAUACGAUCGGUGUGGAAUUUCUGAACAAAGACAUACAGGUGGAUCAGGAACGGUAUACCCUGCAGAUCUGGGACACAGCCGGCCAGGAGCGGUUUCGUGCGCUACGAACACCGUUUUACCGCGGUACCGAUAUAUGCCUGCUUACGUACGCCAUUAACGAUCGGGUCAGCUUCCGUGCGCUAGCCAGCUGGCGCGAUGAGUUCCUUCGAUACUACGAUGUCAAUCCGGACCACUUUCCGUUUGUGGUCGUGGGCACAAAGAACGAUUUGCCACCGACCGAACGGGAAGUUUCACCCGAAGAAGUAUCCCAGUGGUGCCAGGAGCAUCAUGUGACCUCAUACAUAGAAACGUCUGCCAAAACGUCGGAAAACGUUGCGACCGCUUUUGCGCUGGCGGUACAACAGUGGCGAAAGCUCGAACGAUCUACCGAGCGGGAGUUACGUGCCCAGGGCCAAGAUACGAUCGAUUUGAUGAAGAGUGUUAAUCUGACUGCCAAUCGUAAUCGGUUCUGUUGUGCUGGGCUUGGGCGUCCAACGACGGCAACGAUGCAGGACGAUGAUGAUUACCCGAACUGA